UUCCAUAGGCAGCAGUCUCAGAACUUUGGAUCGUCCAGCACUUGUUCUAGGCGUCCUUCUUCGGGGACGAGUGCUCUGUGCAAGUUCUUCUAGGGACGUUCUCUCAUAAGUGAUGUCUACCCUGAAAGAAAUUUGUGGUGGGCUCCCCCUGGACCCUCUUCCUAUGAACAGAGGCCGAAGGAGUGGAAUCCCUCAUUCUCCAGUCAGGACGCCUAACCUCACGCCUCAGGAAAAGAAGCUGGCAUUGAAGAAUUCUUUGCGUUACUUCCCACCCAGCUUCCAUGAAGUCCUGGCACCUGAAUUUGCCAAAGAACUGCAAGCCUAUGGACAUAUCUACAUGUACAGAUUCUGUCCUCAAAUUGAAAUGAGAGCUUACCCCAUCCAGGAAUAUCCUUGCAAAACCAGACAGGCUGCUGCAAUAAUGCACAUGAUCAUGAAUAAUCUUGACCCUGCAGUGGCACAGUUUCCCCAGGAACUUGUAACGUAUGGAGGAAAUGGACAAGUUUUCAGCAACUGGGCCCAGUUCUGGCUGGUGAUGCACUAUUUGUCUGAGAUGGAUGAAGAGCAGACCUUGGUCAUGUACAGUGGACACCCUCUGGGACUCUUCCCUAGCCACCACAGAGCUCCUCGAUUAGUCAUCACCAAUGGCAUGGUGAUUCCUAACUAUUCCUCCAGAGAGGAGUAUGAGAAAAUGUUUGCAAUGGGAGUUACAAUGUAUGGACAAAUGACAGCAGGAAGCUACUGCUAUAUUGGACCACAGGGAAUAGUCCAUGGCACAGUGCUAACCGUGCUCAAUGCAGGCCGUCGUUACUUGGGAGUGGAGAGCCUGGCUGGGAAAGUUUUUGUCACCUCUGGCCUUGGAGGAAUGAGCGGGGCUCAAGCUAAGGCUGCAGUCAUUGCUGGCUGUGUGGGGAUUAUUGCUGAGGUGGAUAAAGCUGCUCUUUUAAAACGUCACCAGCAAGGAUGGUUAAUGGAAAUCACAAGGAGCCUGGAUCAUUGUAUUGCUCGGCUCAGAGAAGCAAAGAAGAACAAAAUAGCUCUGAGUCUGGGAUAUCAUGGAAAUGUUGUUGAUCUUUGGGAGAGACUUGCUGAAGAAUUUGAUGCCACUGGAGAACUGUUAGCUGACCUGGGGUCUGACCAAACAUCUUGUCACAAUCCUUUUAAUGGAGGUUAUUAUCCAGUACAGCUGAGUUUUGAGGAUGCUAACCAACUCAUGGCUAGCAAUCCCGAAGAAUUCCAGGCCCUUGUGCAAGAGAGCCUGAGAAGACAAGUUGCUGCAAUCAACAGACUAGCUGAUCAAGGAAUGUUUUUUUGGGAUUAUGGAAAUGCUUUUCUCCUAGAAGCUCAGAGAGCCGGUGCUGAUAUUGAGAAAAGAGGAGCAUGCAAAGGAGAAUUCCGAUACCCUUCCUAUGUUCAGCACAUUAUGGGUGAGAUUUUUUCUCUAGGGUUUGGCCCAUUUCGUUGGGUUUGUACCUCAGGCAACCCAGAAGACUUGGCAACUACUGACGUUAUUGCCACAUCUGUGCUUGAGAAAGCUGUCCUUGAAGGAGUGAAUCCAUCCGUCAAACAACAAUAUUACGAUAACAUCCGCUGGAUUCAGGAAGCCAGGAGACACAAUUUGGUUGUAGGAUCUCAAGCCAGAAUAUUGUAUUCUGAUCAGAAAGGCCGUGUCGCUAUUGCAAUAGCUAUUAAUCAAGCCAUCGCUGAAGGAAGGAUUAAGGCACAAGUUGUUCUUAGUCGAGACCACCAUGAUGUAAGUGGAACUGACAGUCCUUACCGAGAAACUUCAAAUAUCUAUGAUGGAUCCGCAUUUUGUGCAGAUAUGGCUGUCCAGAAUUUUGUAGGCGAUGCGUUCAGAGGAGCGACCUGGGUAGCCUUACACAAUGGUGGCGGUGUUGGCUGGGGAGAAGUGAUAAAUGGAGGAUUUGGCCUUGUGCUCGAUGGCUCAGCAGAUGCAGAAGAACGUGCAAAAAUGAUGUUGAACUGGGAUGUUUCCAAUGGAGUUGCUAGACGCUGUUGGAGUGGCAACAGCAAUGCUUAUGAAACCAUCUGUCAAGCCAUGGAGAAAGACGAGAAACUCAAGGUGACCCUUCCACAUAAGGUGGUAGAGGACAGCAUCGUGGAAAAAUCCCUGAGUUGUUAAUCUUGACCAGUAGCCGUUUAUUCUGCUUUUAGAUAUUACUGUUUCUCUUUCCCAGAAUAAACCCAAUUUAUGAUACAGUACAGUAAACGCAUUUUAAAAAAUCUUUCAGGUAAGCAGUUCUCCCUCCUCACUCAAAACUUUUAAACAAUAUUCAAUAUUCUUUAUACUUCAAUAGCAAUUCAAUAGUAUUCAAUAGCAAUUGAAGGCACAUCUCUUCAUUAUGUCCUGUUUAAAUUGUGAUUACUUUGAUGGCUUUAUUGUUUAAUGUUGUUCUAGUGACAUUGUAGAGGAAAAGUAGGACGAAAUCCAACCAACAAAUAUUAUAAGCAGUAGAAUGAAAUUGCUGGGUACCCUUUCUUACCGGUGUAGAAAUCCAAGCACAAGUGCUGGAAACGUAAAAGUGACAAUACCAUUUCCAAUGUUGUUGCUGGUUCAGGCAUUUUAGAUUUUUGACACUGUGAUCAAAAUUCAGUAUUGUUAUGGCAAGAUCCCAAUACCAAGCCUCACCUGCUGUCCUUAGCUGUACCGAACCACCCAGUCCUCAAUGACAUCCAUUGAAAAUCCAUGGAUGAACGUGCGAAUGUUGAUGUUUUGUCCCCAGCAAAAUUUAUGUGCAGAAUUAGGACAGAUAACUCGCUUGCCGUUGUCUUCCAGUAAGGCACAUUCUCCUACAUUGUGCUUUUUGCCAAACUCUCUGCACAACCCAACAUGUAUUCACCCAUUUCCUUCCAAACCUUUUCCUGUCUUUGCCCAUUUAUUAGCAAGAGAAUAUUUGCCAUCUCUGCCACAUAGAGGCACAAUUUUGGAAUCACUUCAUCAUGAAGACAUGGAGGGAGAACUUCAUCUCAUUACAUUUUUGCCUCAUACUAUAUAUGUUGUGGUUGUGGGAGAUCUGGACUGGAUGAUGAUAACUAACUUUUUUUUUCUAUAAAAGCUGUAUUCCCUCAGAGCACUACUUCCCAAACUUUUUGGCAUCACACCUUCACUUCUAAAUUUGGAGAAAUGCUUCCAGGUCCUACUUUUCCUGUACCUUUAAUUUCAACUUCUCAAAUUUUAGAUUUGUAAUGUAAAUUUAAAUACAGAAGAAAUAAUAAAAGCAUACUUUAAACUAA